CCUUACAUAUCGUUUACCUUUUUAAAGUAUACAUUUGGUUUAUCAGAGUUAAAUUAAGGAUAAGUGUAGCAUGUUAUUUGAGACGCGCAGUGAAGGUGCAGAGUGUGAGAGCGGAAGCUGCACACCGGAAGUGUCGCACAGCGCGUCAGGAGAGAAAUUGCAUAUGCAGUUGAAGCAUAGCAUCAAUCUGGCAAAACUAAGUGAAGAGCUGGAGAGAAGAACCAAGGAAACCCAGAAGCUUCAGGAUGAAGUCGAACAGGCCACAAGACUCACUUUGGAAAGAAUGAGCCGUGCAUUUAGCAACAUGGAAAUGUCAGAUCAUGAAGCAGGGACAUCUCCAGAAUUUGAAGUUUGCAGCCAACAUUCUUGCAUCCAUUCCCUUAACUAUGAUGUGGAUGUGAACGAAGGAAGUCGUUCGGAUUUCCAAGAGAAAGAUGUCCUCAAGCAUGCACAGGAGGAUUCACAGCAAGUCUCAGACCUCCUCAAGCAGCUGCGAGAGGCAUAUGAGCUGCAUGAACUUCAGAAGUUUACUUUUCAUCAGUCCGUCAUCAAAUUGAAGAACAAACUGCAAGAAAGUGAAACCGAGAAAGACACCUUGACAAACUUAAGACUAAAGGAAUCUCAAAAGCAUGCCAAGCUAAUGGAGCAGUUACAGGCAGCAGAGAUGGAACUGCACUCGCUAAAGCAGACCGAAGGCCACAAACUGACAGAAACUGAGGACAGAGUGAAGACUUUAAGCAAGAGAGCAGAGACGAUGGCAGAAAUGCUGCAGGACAUCUUUACCAGGCUUUCAGAUUAUGAGAAGCGCAGUGGGAAAAGCAUCUGUGUUCGCUAUGACAGACCCUCCAGCCCUAGCCAGCUUUCUCUAGGAGAUGCAGUAGAGAAAGCACUAAAAGAGCUGGAGUACAACAACUGUGGCCUCCAGGAAAAACUGCAAAUGGUUGAGAGACAACUGAGAGACCUAAAAGAACAAUGUCAAGGAAAAACACAGUCUCUUUUACAGGAACAUAGGGAAAGCAUGGAACAACUAAUUUCCAAUCAUGAACAGAAGGUGGCGAUGUUGACUGAGAAACUGAAUAGCUCUCAGACUAAUGCAGAUGCCCUGCAACACCAGGUGGAAUUGUUACAACAACAGCUCCAAAGCCAAACCUCACUGCACCAAUCAGCGUUGAGUGACAUGGAGUCUGCUCUCUCCAUACUGCGCUCAGACUUGCUAGAGAAGCAAGAGAGCUACAUGACUAAGGUCAGUGUUCUGGAAGAGUCGCUGGCUCAAGCAAAUUCCCAGACUGAGCAGAUCCAGAGAGAGAGAGACCUCUUGCUCCAGCAGGCUGAGGAACAGGAUACGCAGCUGUGCCGACUUACAACAGAGCUCCGUCAAACCGCAGAGGAGCUGAGCCUAGAGCGGCAGCAGAGACUCGAGCUGGAGCAGCGCUGUCUUGGAAUUCAGCAGCUUGAGAAGCUUGUGCAGGCUCUUACAGAGCAGUACCAGAGACAUAUGGACAUGCAGGAGCAGAGCAGUGGUGAGGCCUGGAGGCUACAGUCUCCAUUGGACAAGCGGGACACAGCGCUGCUAGUGAAGCAGCAAGAACUGCAACAGGGCCAGGCUCAGCUGGAGGAGGCACACACACAGGUGCAGGCACUACAGAGCGAGGUGGAACUGUUGAGGAUCAAGCUGGAAAAUGAAAAAAAGAAUGACGGGUUGCUCAUGAGGCCUUUGGUGGCUCUGCAGCAGGAGAGGAAGAACCUGACCAAGCAGCUCAAGCAGCUCCAGCUGGACAACCAACAGCUGAGGUCUGCACUGCAGGAGGCCGAACUGAGGCUGAGUGCUGUGGAGCAGGAGAAGACCCAGCAGCAGGCGGCCCUGUCAGAGAGAACGAGCAGCCUCCACCAGCUAACUCUGGAGAAACAGCAGAUGACUGCUGAGCUGGAAAGCCAGCGCAAAAAGCUAGAUCAGCUCAAAGAAGAGCAAGAGGCUUUAAGAGAAGAACACAGCAGGAAAAUUGAGGAGCUGCAAUGGCAGAACAGCAAGCUAAAAGCCCAGCGUAAUAACAUCCGGAAUGACUUGGAGCAGGCCAAGAGCACCCUCAAAGCACUGGAUGGUGCUGAUGAACAUGGUCUGAAGGUUGCCUUGGACAUACAGAAGCAGAUCACUGCUAAGCGAGAACAGGUUGACUUACUCCAGAGCCGUGUACAGAUAAUGGAGGAAACCACAGAAAAACUCACUCAGGAAAAGAACUACCAGGUGAUGAAGAGUAAGCGCCAAGCACAAGAGCUGCUGUUUGAGAGGAAGAAAAGGAAGAGGCUGGAAACUGAGUUGGAGGCUUACCAUACUAAGGAGAAUCUGCUGAAGAGUGAAAUCCAGCGGCUCGAUAAAGCCCUGCACAAGAUGUCUGACAGUUUUGCAGAGUGCCAAGAAUACAUUCAGAAGCAGCAACAAGAGAUCAUGAGGCUAAAACUCCAGCACACUCUGGAGCUAAAGGAGGGCCAGAAGUUACAAUCCUUAAUUGUGAGAAGUAGUAAGCAGAAACAAGAGUUACAAGCUACGAACAACAUCCAGAGAUCACCCAUCACCAGCCCUGCCCUUCCUGUACAAGUCCCCUUUCAAGCUUACUCUGCCAGCCAGGUGGAGUUAAACAUAAGUGGCCAGAAGUGUAGUCCUGUUCUGGAGCUGCGGAGCCUUGUUAAAGAGCUACGCAGUGUGAUCGAUGUGGAACAAAGCCCUGACACUGGCUACACCAGCUGCAAGUGGCUUGAGGAGACUCACGGGAACAGAAAUGAGCGAGGUCCUGCCCGAGUCUCUAACUUCAAUAAGCAGGACAUGAAUAGUGCUUUUUCAGCUAACAUUUUCAAAGAUGACACUGGGCUGAAAGCAGGCCAGCCAAGCUAUUCUUCGUUUUGUGUAGCAGCGCUUGGACGGAGGUCUCCGGUACACUCCCUCCUGACCUCUGACGUUCCUGCUGAUAUGCUCAGUGGUCUCAGGACACAAAGCCCUACCCAUACUGUGCAAAUAUCUGACAUAAAGCAAGCUGAAAUAACAGGGCAGACAUACAAGAAACAGCAGAGCAAGUCAAACAGUUUCCAGAACAAAGCAGGGGAUCAAAAAAAGAAUCAAGAAAUGUCCUCGAUGAUAAAAAGCCAGGAAAAGAUAAACAGGAGGAUCAAAGAGAGAAAAAAAAAUCAUAAAAGAUAAGCAUUCAGACCAGACAGAAGACAGAAGGGAAAGUAUACAAAAUGAAUAACUGUUCUUUUGCAUGGAAAAAU